AUGUCUUCAAUGGAAGAGAGAGACGUGGGCGUUGCGGCCGCCCCUGGCUCCUCCUCGGCCGGCCUGGGGGUCGGAGCCGUGGGGGCAGCGGCGGAGGCUGUCGCCGGGGUCGCAGCCAUGCAGGAGGAGGUCGGGAUACGGCGAGAAGGGCCCGAGCCUGACCCAGACGAGCCACCCAAGAAGAGGGUGAAAAUUCCCGAGGGAGAGUCAGGAAAGCUGGAGGAGAGACUGUACUCAGUGCUGUGCUGCACCGUGUGCCUAGACUUGCCCAAGGCGUCUGUAUAUCAGUGUACCAAUGGACACCUGAUGUGUGCAGGCUGUUUUAUCCACCUCCUGGCUGAUUCUCGUCUCAAGGAGGAACAGGCCACGUGUCCCAACUGCAGGUGUGAGAUCAGCAAGAACCUGUGCUGCAGGAACCUUGCCGUGGAGAAGGCUGUCAGUGAGCUGCCGACAGAAUGUACCUUCUGCCUAAAACAGUUCCCCCGCUCCAGCUUAGAGAGACACCAGAAAGAGGAGUGCCAAGACAGGGUGACACAGUGUAAGUACAAGAGGAUUGGCUGCCCUUGGCAAGGUCCGUUCCAUGAGCUGCCAGCACACGAGAGCGAGUGCUCCCAUCCCACCAAGACCGAGGUUCAGUUCAGGCCGUACCGCACUGAUGACUUCAUCACUCGUCUGUACUAUGAAACACCGCGCUUCACUGUUCUCAACCAGACGUGGGUGCUGAAGGCCCGCGUGAACGACUCUGAGCGCAACCCCAACCUGUCCUGCAAGCGCACCCUCUCUUUCCAGCUCAUCCUCAAAAGCAAGGUGAACUCUGCCCUGGAGUGCUCCUUCCUGCUGCUGAAGGGGCCGUACGACGACGUGCGGAUCAAGCCGGUCAUCCACCACCACUCCUUUAGCAACGACACCAACGAGACCGACUACGUCCCUCUGCCCAUCUCCGAUUCAGUGGAGUGCAACAAACUGCUGGCCGCCAAAAACAUCAACCUGCGCCUGUUCAUCUUCCAAGUCCAAAAAUAA